AUGUCUUCUUUUACUUUCUUCAUGCUUUGCGUUCAAGCGUGCUUGAUCAAGAACGUAUACAGUCAGUGUCUCGGAGCUGGAUUAGGCUUAGGCUAUGCUCCAGGAUUCAACGCUGAGUACGGUUUGGGAUGUCCUGAGGUAGCUUACGGGCCUGGAUUUGGUCUUGGGUACGGUCUCGCUGGCCCUGCAGGCCUGGCUACUCCUGCUGGUAUUGCCGGUCCAGCCUAUGGAGGCAGUGGAGUUGGUGACGUGGCAGUCACUGGCGAGAUGGGUGUAGCUGGUAGCACCCUACUACUCGGUCAGGUGCCAAUUCUGGGUGCUGUUAGAUUCGGUGGUGAAGUUCCAGCUGGUGGUAUUGUUUCUAUCACCGGAAGCUGCGGCGGAAACUGUGGGUGUGGUUGCAACGGUGCUUACCUGUACUGA